AUGGCUGUGCUGCACUUCCGCUCCGUGGGCCAAGGCACACCUAUUCUAGUCAUACACGGAUGGACCAUCGACUCUACCGCGGAAUUGAGCGAUCUUGAACCCAUCUUCGUCCAAAGGCCUGGCUAUCGACGACUUUACGUUGACUUGCCCGGGCAUGGCUCGACACCGAUCGAUGGUGUAAAGAACCUCGAUGAGAUGCUCGACCGCGUCACUCGUUUCAUCGAGCACGAGAUCCUGCCAAAGAAGUUUCUGGUCGCUGGAUCAUCCUGCGGCGCUUAUUUCGCCAGGGCUGUUGUAUACCGCUUCCAAGAAGAUGUCGUAGGCUUAAUGCUUCGGGUACCUCAUGUGGGACUGAAGGAUUCGGAGAGAGACAUCGAUCCCGUCCAACUUGUCGUGGUCAACUCAGCUGCGCUUGACCAGGUCUACAUCCCUCUGGCUUCCGGGGAAGAUCUAAAAAGUACCUCAGUGCAGACAACCGACUAUCUGACUGCUACCCUGGGCAGAUACCAAAACCUCAUCGCCCCUGCUAUUGCAGCUGCGGACACCAAACCCUUGGCCAAGAUACGAGACGAUGCCACAAGCUAUGUACUUACUUGCCCAUUUCACACUCCACAGGUCCCGUUUGUGAAGCCUUCACUCAUUGUCGCUGGAAGACAGGAUGACGUGGUAGGUUAUAGAGAUGGUUGGAGUCUGCUACCUUCAUACCCACGAGCGACACACAUCGUGAUGGAUCGUGCUGGUCAUGGUCUUCCUGUCGACGAGAUUGAGGCGAGGCUGUUUCGGACACUGGUAGAAGAUUGGCUGGAUCGUGUCAAGGAGACGGAUAUGCAUCAUUGA